AUGGCCGGUUCCAUCGCAGCUCUGCAUGGAUGGCAGUCAUUCUUCUGGCUUGAGACUGCCCUUUCAGCCUUCUCCAUCCUCUUGAUCGCGCUCACAUUCCCAGAGACCAAGUUUCAUCGUGGCGCUACCGUAGUGCAGAACACCACUACAACUCUGGACGGCAGCGAGAUUGUCAACACCAACGAACAGAGUCAGCUGGAAAAACACACCACACAUACAGCAGCGCGGGAUUCUGAGAUGAGCUCGCUAGAGACACCUACCCCCAGUAACGGUCGCCCAUCCCGCGCGCAAUUCAACCCUUUUGAGAGACCAGAUCCCAAGUGGAAGGCCUUCGUGGUGCGUGAUACAUGGACUCCAAUCAAGAUCUUCUUCAACCCGAUCAUCUUAUGGACUGGGUUGAUGCUUGCCGGACCAGCUGAUAUGCUGUUGUUCUUCAACAUCACUGAGUCACCCGUCCUGGCAGCCCCGCCUUAUUUCUUCAAGCCAGAUCAGGUAGGCUAUACCAACUUCGCCUUCGCAGUGGGUGCUAUUAUCGGCUUGGCCACUGCUGGACCCUACUCUGACUGGGUCGCCGCACGCGCAGCUCGCAAGAAUGGAGGUAUUCGUGAAGCGGAGAUGCGACUGCCUGCAUUAUGGAUCUACAUGAUCAUCACAAUACUUUCUGUCGUUCUCGGCAGUGUUGCCUACCAACAACAAUGGGCGUGGGGCAAUAUUGUAGUCUGGGGUUAUGGGCUUAGUGGACUGAGCGUGACUACAGUGCCGACGAUUUGUAUCGCCUACGCGAUCGACUGCUACAAGCCCAUCUCCGGCGAGAUCAUGGUCGUCGCGACUGUGUGCAAGAAUACCAUUGCUUUCUCGUACAGUUACUGGGUGUUUGACUUGGCCCACGAGAGUAAGAACGGCUGGAUUACUCCUGCUAUGGUCAUCUUUGCCUGCACGAUAGGGCCGGCGUUCUUUGGUAUUCCAUUGUACUUUGGUUUGGGCAAGAGGAUCAGGAAGUGGACUAAGAAUAGCGAUGUUCACCGUAUGGAGGCGAUGAUCUAA